AUGGAGCGCGGCCAGGCAGGGCUGGGCUCGGGGGCGUCGCCGCCAGGGGCCGCCCCCUCUGACCGGCUCCCGCCGCCGCCGCCGCCGCCGCCGCCGCCUCAGGGGCUCAGAGCGCCCGGCUCCGUCAGCCUGAGGGGCCGCCGCUCCGGCCGCUGCUCGGGCUCCGGCUCGCGCUCCUCUGAGAAACCCACAAGCCCGGCAAGCCGCGGCGCUGGCGGCGGCGGCGGCGGCGGCGGCGGCGGCAGGCGGCAUCCCAGGGUGAUAGGCCGGAGCAAUCGAGAGCCGAGCGCGCGGCCGCGUGUGCAAUCCAGUAACCGAGCGGAGGAGGAACUGCCGCCGAAGACAGCAAAAAUCGGGUACCGAAAGACUCAUCGGGCCAAGCCCGCCUACUUUCCUAAGACUGUCCCGCCCGACCGCCUCUCGGUGCCGGGAUCCUUGAGCUGCUGCUGGGGGCAGAGACCGUGUGGGGAGGCGGAGAGAAAAGGGGGUGCGGGAAAUUUAAAAAGAUGGGAAAGGCGCUUCCCUUUUUUUCUGAGCCCCUUUCCUGUUGAUUUCUGGGCCAACGCUUCUUCUUUCUUCUCGAACGAAGAAAUUGAAGACCCUGCUUUAUUUAACAGCCGCUUUAGGGGAAACGCCAUCAUUCUUCCCGAAGGGAGAUCUGGCCCCGGUUCUUGGAUUCUGAGAUCAGUGCGAGAUCCCCGCUUUGCGCCCUGUCCGCCCUGGAGCUGGGUUUGUCAUCAGUUUAGAAUAGCUUGGCUACGAUGUGUGGUGUGGAUGGAUGGACGGGCCUCGCAAGUGCAAACAGGACAGUCCAGGUUACCUGGCAAAGCAACCACCAGUGCAACAGGUGGAGUUCUGAUAUUUGUGGAAAAUGUGUAUUUUUGCAAGUGAUAUCAUUAAAAAAAUAAUAUAGAGAAAAAAGUUAUAAGCCAAUUUGCAUUGGUAGACAUAGUUAAUGCUGCUUGAAUUUGUAGCUGUGGCAUCUCUGUGAUAUAAUCCCGGAUUUGAAGGUGAAGA